AUGCUUAGCCAGACACAAGCGUUAUGUAUGGCUUUUGAUAGUGUCCCGUCUCCUGAAUUCUCCUGGGUAGUAUUCUGCACCCCUGCUGAACCCUCGAUGGGGCAGGAUGAGCAGGAUGAACAGGAUCAGGGCGAAUUUGCUAAGCCUCAUUAUCCUGUGCUGCGCUCACAUAUCCCUGGCAGCCAGUCCUUUCCUUCCUUUCCCUCCCACCAGGCCACAGGGAUCAUAGUUGUCCACAGGGAGGGUUACGUUGUGAAAUGCCGAUCAUCUUUAUGUCUGACAAGUGUUUGUGUUUGGUUGGCUGACACACUGGAUGAAAGGUGA